GUUGGAUGCAAAAAUGAUGGAGAUGAAAAUGUUGAUGAGAAAGUGACUGCAGCUGCGGAGAUCCUGUCUUCACUUCUGCUUUUGAGGUGUUAAAUAGGUAGAGGAUAUCAAAGUGAAAAUUGUCAACUAAUAUAAUGGAUAACAAGUUUGUCUUCCUAUUCGCUCUGACAUUCUGUGCUGAACUUGCACUCAGCAAAAAUCCCACAACUAUCACAAUAGGUGGCGUCCUGAGCUCAAAACGUUAUGUUGAUGAGUUUCAUGAUGCGGUGAGGGCGUUGAAUACCCAAGACGAAACACGGCUUACGAAUGUCGUGUAUAAUUCAACAGGAAUUGUUAUGGAGGACAAUCAGAUCCGAUCAGCAAUGGCGAUAUGUAAAGAUCUCAUCCCGCAGAAGGUGUUUGCCGUCGUUGUCAGUCAUCCGCCAAACUCAUUUGACCAAGCGCCAUUUUCUGUGUCGUACACGUGCGGCUUCUACAAGAUCCCUGUGAUUGGCAUUACCGCUCGAGACAGCGUCUUCUCAGAUAUGAAUCUUCACGAGUCAUAUCUGCGGACAGUGCCGCCAUAUUCCGACCAAGCGUCAGUCUGGGUGGACUUGAUUCGUCACUUCAAAUGGAAGAGCGUUGUCAUUAUGCACAGUGCUGACCAGAAUGGCCGGGCCUUGGUCGCCAGAUUCCAGAAUGAAUUAGAUAUUCGGGAAGAAAUGUACGGAAGUAAAAACACAGCCACAAGAGAAAAAGAAAAAAUCACGAUAUCCAAACUGAUUGAUUUCAAACGAGGUGAGAUGAACUUCUUUGAACAGCUGACCUUCAAUACAGAUACUAGAGUGAUACUGCUCAGUUCUUCUGGUGAAGAUGCGGAGAGUAUAUUCCGAGAUGCAGCGACCAUGAACAUGACAGAGGGUGACUUUGUUUGGAUUGUGACUGAGCAGGUGUUGGAGGCCAAGAAUGUACCAGCAGGUACGAUUGGUGUCCAGUUGAAGAGUAGUCGCGAGGAGAGUUAUCACAUCAAGGAUGCGGUGAGAAUCAUCGGCAAUGCGUACAACAAGGCGUUCAAGGUUAACAACAUUACAGAUCCCCCUAGUGGCUGUGAAGAUAAGCAUAGUGUAUGGCCGGAGGGAUCAACUCUUUACCAGUCAUUGAUUGAUGAGAAGCUGGACGAUGGUCUGACGGGCAAGGUACGCUUCAAUGAUCUCGGCGAUCGCCUGAUGCCCAUUUAUGAAAUCAUCAACGUUGAAGCUGGUAACAAGAAGGUGGUGGUCGGGACGUAUGCGAACAACUCAGAUCGGAAAGUGCUCCAAAUGAACGCAGACACUCCAGUAGUUUGGCCGGAUGGCAGCACUGUCGUACCGAAGGGGAUCAAGAUCACCACCCAUCUGCGAGUUGUCACCAUCGAGAGUGUUCCAUUUGUGUUCAAUCGGUCUGUCAAUAGUAAGGAAGACUGUCAGCCUAAUGAGAUCUUCUGCCCCCGACCUAAUGGAACGGAUCCAGCCGUAGAGGAUGCGAUCUGUUGUUCAGGCUACUGCAUAGAUAUGCUUAGAAAAAUAGCAGAAAAGGUCAACUUUACUUAUGAUGUGCACCUUGUCUCCGAUGGCCAGUUCGGCUCUCCGUUGGAUAAGGACUCGUACAUUACCGGUAGUUCUUCUGCUAAAUCAAGCCGUCACAACAACAACAAGAAGGCCUGGAAUGGUAUGAUGGGAGAAGUCCUCACGAAUAUGGCUGACCUGAUCGUCGCCCCUAUGACAAUCACGCCAGAACGCGCGAGAGAUAUCGACUUCACCAAGCCGUUCAAGUACCAGGGUUUGACCAUCUUGGUCAGAAAGGAAGAGAAGAACUCGAACCUGGCCUCAUUCCUGCAGCCGUUUCAAGAUACGCUCUGGAUCCUCGUCGGUCUCUCCGUGCACGUGGUUGCCCUCGUGCUCUACCUGUUGGACAGGUUCAGCCCGUUCGGGCGAUUCAAGCUCGCACGCAGCAGUGACACAGAGGAGGAUGCGCUUAACCUGUCAAGUGCGAUGUGGUUUGCGUGGGGAGUGCUCCUCAACAGUGGCAUUGGCGAGGGUACCCCUCGCAGUUUCAGUGCGCGUGUGUUGGGCAUGGUGUGGGCAGGUUUUGCCAUGAUCAUCGUCGCAUCCUAUACGGCCAACUUGGCUGCCUUCCUUGUGUUGGAUCGGCCGGAAGCUUCCAUCAGCGGCAUUGAUGAUGCCAGGCUGAGAAACCCGCAGGAUGAAUUCCGUUAUGCCACGAUCAAGAACAGUGCAGUUGAGUUGUAUUUCAAACGCCAGGUGGAGCUGUCAACCAUGUAUCGUACCAUGGAGGAGUUUGAGUAUAAACGGCCGGAGGACGCUAUCAAGGAUGUGAAGGAUAAGAAGCUGCAGGCGUUCAUAUGGGAUUCCUCACGUCUUGAGUACGAGGCAGCCAGGGACUGUGACCUGGUGACGGCUGGCGAGAUGUUCGGCAGAUCAGGCUUCGGUAUCGGCAUGAGGAAAGAGAGCCCAUGGCUCAAUGAGAUAUCACUAGAAAUCCUUAGCUUACAUGAGACUGGGUUCAUGGAGAAGCUGGACACCAAGUGGAUCUUAGUGCCUGCACCAGACUGCCCUCAGAAUGACCAGUCGCCAGCCACACUGGGUUUGACCAACAUGGCUGGUGUGUUCAUGUUGGUGGCUGGUGGCAUCUUGACCGGUGUCUUCCUCAUCUUCGUGGAGAUUCUCUACAAGCGACACCGCGGCCUCAAGGAGAAGGAGCUGGAGCUAGCUAGGAAUGCUGCUGAUAGGUGGCGCGGCAAUAUUGAGAUCAGAAGAGCGCGUCGUGCCAUGUGGUCCAAGUUCUGUAAGGAGGGUCAUGCCCAGAAGCGUAAGACGUUACGUCGCACACUGCUGGAGAACAAUCCGACGUACCAACCGAACGGACGCACAGACAGAACAUCAACAAGUCAGAAGAGUGCCGAUCGUAAAGAGCUCAUGGGGAUACAGACGUCGAUUGGUGGCGGGCCGUCGGCAUACCAUCGCACAUCACCAACAGUUCGACAUAAUCCAGCGUAUGAUCCGGAUCACAUUAACGAAACUGUUUAAAAACAUUUUAAAAUGUCAUCUUUGUGGACUUAGACUUUUAGCAGAUGCACAUUUGAACAUUAGUCAACUUUGAACAACCUGGUCGAGGACAAGUCCGCCUCAUAAGCUUGAGGAGGCGUGAGCACCAGGUACUCGAUCAUACUGGCAUUUAUGAGUUUAUGUUACGGUGGAGCAUGAUAUGUUCACAUAAAAUGUACUCUCACGGUAUAAAUUAGUGUGUAGUUGCCUUUAGGUUGGAAGGUUUAGCAUGUUUAAACAUUGUCUCAUAUUGUUCCUCCAUAUUUAUUGUUAUGUAUUCAUUGGGAGCUGGAACACUGGAGGAUAGAUGUAGUGCCAUAAAUCUCUCAUCACCUCUAGUCAUUUUCUUUAGAGUCUCUUAUCAUAUUGUACACGGCUUGCAUACCUGACAUGUGAUGUCAGAUGACAACAUCGGAGAUCACAUGAUCAAAAUGAGUCGGUUGGAUGGCAUGAUGUGGGUACUCCUUAGUUGGGUGGUCUGAUCUGGCAGUUCACUCUAAAAGGACAAGGUUUCCUUGAAUGAGGUAAAGUUGAACAGUCAUUGUAGAUGUACAUUACCAAUGUCCCACAGAGUGAAGACUGUGGUGUAUGAAUUGUUAUCUCACUUUUAGAACCACGAGAAGAUCUAUGUAUAACAUCGGAGUAGUUUGCUGAUGUUGGUGGGGGUGUGAUAUCUCAUCAGUUCUUGAAAGUGUUAAUUAUGCUGUAUUUGGUAAUUGUAUUUUAGUUCCGCAACCCUUGACUGGGCAAUCUCUUGUCUGUAACCAUGGUUACUAGGCCUACACUUGCUAUAUUUCACUGUUUUACAACUCUUCUGUUUUCCAAAGAGCUUUAUUUCUUCCUUGCAUUUGACCAUUUUUGUUAUAUUCAAAUAUUAUAAAUACUUUGUUAUAAAAGUUGAAAGGUUAUCAUGAAUAAAAUUGUAUUCA